AUGACGGUCUGGGCGUCCUGUACGUCAACCGGUGACAAUCCCCACCAUAACAGGCGUCCUCCUCAGCUUGACUCGCCCCCAGCAUACUCAUACUGCAAGAUCCACCUCAACUCGAUACUUAGCCAUCUGCUGAUAGCAAUGUCGUUGACUUCAUUUGAAGGCAUUGAUGCUAGGCCCCAAAUUGGACAAAAAAUAGAGCAGGUUGAGGAUAGCAGCACCCAGUCUAUUACAUCUCCCGCCACCGACUCGUGCGCGCCAGGGUUACCAUUGGAACUACACGAGAACAUCAUCGAUUGCAUCCGCACAGGGGCAAGAUGGGGUUUAGGAGAGGCAGAGCGCCAGACAUUGAUUGCGUGCGCCCUCACUUGUAGAAGUUGGCUGCCCAGGAGCCUCGCAAAUCUCGUGCAUACCAUUCAUCUUGACGAACGCUCUCGAAUGAUCGCUGUCGCGGCGCUGUUGGAGGCCAGGCCCUUCUUACGACCCAUGGUUACAAAUGUAUCCAUUUCUAACACGGGUAUAAGUGGCCCUGAAGACUCAAACUUGCCUCCUUUGCCCAUCUUCCCCGUGCUGUUCAUGCGCAAGAUGUCCACCUUGCAACAUCUCACAAUUUCCUUCCAUACAUUCCCAAGUGCGACCACAAGGGACUUCUACCAGUGCUUUGCAGAAUUCACUAGCAUCACCUCUCUGAACCUUUCGUCUGUCGAGUUCUCGUCCGCACACGACUUCGCACAUCUCAUCUUGAUCAUGCCCAACCUCCGAGAAUUGACCCUCUCCAACGUGAAGUGGUCAAAUCACGGCAUUCUUCCAGCACUCCUUCCACCGGGCGUGUCUCGCCCGCGACUUGCGGUUCUCAGAAAUAUGAACUUUCUAACGUCCAAGGCCAGUGCCGAGGAAUUCAUGGCUGCGGCACUCGUGUGGAAGGAUGUCAUAGACUUGUUGACCGGUCAUCAGCUGCCCCUCCCUCUCGAGGAUUUACCCUUCUUCGAUCUCAAUUUCUGCUCAGGCGGCUUUCGGCUUGUGGAUUUGCGGACGAUGGACAUGGGCCGACUCCUGCGCUAUGCCGGUGCCGACUUACGCAGUUUGUCAUUAGCCAUUGGAGCUGGUGACAUGGAGGCAAUGUCCGCAAAAGACAUCAUCAACACCGAGAACAACUGCGAGUGGAUCCCAUGCUUGCUCGCGCAAAUCAUCUCAUCACGGCUGCGCAAAUGUAUGAUUGUCGUGAACACCGUUCCUUCAUUCAACGCCGACGUCGUACAGAAGACGUGGGACCUGUUCACACCGCAGAUCUGUUCGUCCAUAGACACCAUUCUCACUCAUACGAGGUGCUCGGGAUUACGACAGGUUAUUUUCGUGAUGAAGGGCAUAUCACGAUCUAAAACUUGGUAUGAGAAUGGGAGGAUCAAGCACGCAGAAUUUGAGCGUUCCCGGUUUCCAAAGUUGUACGACCGGGGAAUACUGUCUUGCAUGUUUUUCGGAGACGAAAGACACAAAGAGUAUCUUGGGGGGUUAAGAUCACGAGCUUGUGCAUGUAGAUGA